AUGGGUCCGUACAUGCGAGGAGGCUACAUUACAAGCUGGGCUCGAUAUCGUCAAGGUCGCGGUAGGUUCACACCAGAGGACUACAAACCUGGCCUGUGCACACAUCUAUUCUACGCGUUUGCUGUGUUCCGUGACGACUACAUAGUGACGGAAAGUGAUCCGAACGAUGGAGGUUAUGCGAGCGUGAAUUGUUUGAAGAACAGAGAUCCGGGACUCAAAACAUUAAUUUCGAUUGGCGGAUGGUCAGUUGGUGAUGUGUUACUCAGGCAAACCUUUAAGAAUAUGUCAAGUUCGCCGAGAGGAAGAGCCACUUCGAAGAGCACUAGAGCUACGUUCAUCAAUUCCGCGAUUCAAUUCGUCCGUCGUUAUGGUUCCGAUGGAAUCGAUAUCGACUGGGAAUAUCCUGAGAGUGAAACGGAUAAGCACAACUUUUCUGCGUUGCUGAGAGAACUGCGCGAUGAAGGCGGACCAGGCUUGAUUAUAACUGCUGCCGUAGCAGCUGUAGAGUGGAGAAUUCGAAACGGAUACGAGGUCCGCGAAAUUGCCAAGCAUUUGGAUUUUGUGAUGGUGAUGUCGUACGAUUUCCACGGUGUGUGGGAACAAAGAACUGGUUUCAACAGUCCGCUAUACUCCCAAGACGGAUUGAGCGUUCAUGACGCAGCUACAUUCAUGGCAUCUCAAGGCAUGCCCCGCUCUAAGAUUGUUAUCGGUAUACCAUCGUACGGUCGUGGAUGGACUCUCUCGAAUUCAUCCAACGCGGGUUUGGGUGCUGCUGCAAAGGGUCCGUCCAGAGCGGGAACAUACACUCGCAAAGAAGGUCUAGCCUCUUACUACGAGAUACGCGACAUGUUGGCGAGUGGAGCGCGGAGACAUUGGGAUGAUGAACAGCGAGUACCAUACUUAGUGCAGGGCGAUCAGUGGUUCGGUUAUGACGAUGAGGAAUCAGUCACCGAGAAGAUGCAAUACAUCAAAAGGCAUGGUUACGGUGGUGCGUUUGUUUGGACUCUUGAUUUUGACGACUUCAACGGGCAGUCGUCCGGUGGCAGGCGCUACCCGAUCAUGUCAACAAUUGCCAAAGAACUCAGAGGUAGCGUUUUUCUCGUAAUAUAUCUUNUAUUGUCGAAGGGAAUGGAGAGAACACCUCAAUGCUCAGCUAUUAGUAAAUUGAACAGGCUAAUUUCUGCGGGAACGUGA